AUGGAAGCAGGAAACAAAACAGGAAGUUUUGAGUUCAUCCUCCUUGGAUUGUCUGAGGAUCCACAACUGCAGCCCCUCCUCUUUGGGCUCUUCCUGUCCAUGUACCUGGUCACUGUGCUUGGGAACCUGCUCAUCAUCCUGGCCGUCAGCUCUGACUCCCACCUCCACACACCCAUGUACUUCCUCCUCUCCAACCUGUCCUUGGCUGACAUCUGUUUUAGCACCACCAUAGUCCCCAAGAUGCUGGUGAGCAUCCAUACAGAGAACAAAGCCACCUCCUACAUGAACUGCCUCACUCAGGUAUAUUUUUCUAUGGUUUUUCCUAUCAUGGAGUCUCUACUCCUGACUGUGAUGGCCUAUGACCGCUUUGUGGCCAUCUGUCACCCCCUGAACUAUAUGGUCAUCAUGAACCCACGCCUGAGUGGCUUGCUAGUUUUUAUUACUUGGUUCAUUAGUGUCAUAACAUCCCUCCUCCAUAUCUCUCUGAUGAGGCAUCUGAACUUCUGUAGAGAUCUUGAAAUUCCGCAUUUCUUCUGUGAACUGACACAGAUUCUCAAGUUGGCCUGCUCUGAUACCUUCCUGAACACCACACUGCUCUAUUUUAUGACUGGUGUGCUGGGUGUUUUCCCCCUUUGGGGCAUCCUUUUCUCCUACUCAAGAAUUGCUUCAUCCAUAAGGAAGAUGUCCUCAUUGGGAGGAAAGCAAAAAGCAUUUUCCACCUGUGGGUCUCACCUCUCAGUUGUUUCUUUAUAUUACGGGACAGGUAUCGGGGUGUACUUCACGUCUGCGGUGACUCACUCUUCCCAGAAAGUCUCAGUGGCCUCAGUGAUGUACACCGUGGUCACACCCAUGCUGAACCCCUUCAUGUACAGCCUGAGGAACAAGGACGUGAAGGGAGCCCUGAGGAGGCUUCUCGGCAGAGCAACCGCUUGUCUGUGA